UAAACGCAAAACGCGGACGCGGUGAUAAACGCCUCCGGCGACGGGCGCACCUUCCGGUACUCUUUCGUCCCGAUUCGUAUCUCCUUGCGAGGACUCCAUCGAUGGCGGUCCGGGCGAGCGUCGCCUGCUUUCCGGUGGACUCCGAAGCCCUGGAGACGUGCGGCAUCCCGUGGGGGAUCGCCGUCACGCCCUUCUCCGCGGUGGACGAGCGCGGGAACCUGCCGGCUCGGGGCUCCGAGGGCCACCUCCUUCCCCGGUGCGACAACUGCUGGGCCUACUUUAACACUUACUGCGAGCUCGACCAGUGGACGUGGAGCUGCGCCAUCUGCGGCUCCCUCAACGGGCUCACCUCCCACGCCGUCUCUCGCUACUCCCAGCCGGAGUCCUGCCCCGACCUGUCUUCUUCUUUCGUGGAUCUCGAGAUCCCCGGGGAUGGAUCCGAGGAAGGGAUGACGCAAGCUCGGCCGGUCUAUGUUGCAGCAGUAGAUUUGUGUUCUUCUGAAGAGUUCUUGGAACUCGUCAAAAGUGCUCUUCUGGCAGCUCUUGAAGCUCUGGCUCCGGGGUCUUUGUUUGGGCUUGUUACGUUCAGUCACAAGAUUGGCUUGUAUGAUGUUCAAGGUCCUAUACCGGUUGUUAAAAAUGUCUUUAUCCUUCCUGAAUCAGAUGGUCAAUUACCAGUUUCCCUUGAAGAUGUCAUGCCACUGCUUGCAUUUCUGGCUCCUGUCGAAAGUUGUAAGGAUCAGAUUGCUACGGCUCUUGACACUCUAAAACCUACAACUUCAUGGGAAAGAUCCACACCUACAGUACAAGGUUGGGAUGGCAUGUUGUUAGGUGGCCGGGGCUUUGGAUCAGCAAUGGAAGCUCUUGUUAGUUAUCUGAGUUCAGAUUAUGGCAAUACAUUUGCACUCGCUAGGGUAUUUACCUUUCUUUCUGGCCCCCCUGAUUAUGGAGCUGGGCAAUUAGACACAAGUAGGUAUGGUGAGCAAUAUGCAAGCAAAGGGGAGGAUGCGGAUCUUGCGUUGCUACCUGAACAGACACCAUUUUACAAAGAUUUGGCUGUUGUCGCUGUUCAAGCAGGUGUUUCUGUGGACAUAUUUGCUGUCACCAAUGAAUAUACAGAUUUGGCAUCUUUAAAGUUUCUAAGUAUUAAUAGUGGUGGCUCCUUGUUUCUAUAUGCGAAUACAGAUGAUUCCACACUUCCUCAGGAUAUUUACCGUAUGUUGAGUCGUCCAUAUGCUUUUGGUUGUCUACUGCGGUUGAGAACAUCGUCUGAGUUCAAAACUGGAAAUUCUUAUGGCCAUUUCUUCCCGGACCCUCAAUAUGAGAAUGUUCAGCACAUUAUUUGCUGUAAUUCGUUUGCUACAUAUACUUACGAUUUUGAGUUUGCAAAUAAUGAUGUUUUUUCCAGGCACAGAGAUCCUCUUGUAAUCCAGAUUGCUUUCCAGUAUUCAAUUGUUGUGCCUAAUGAGAUGCAAAAUGAUGCUGGUCUGGUUUCUGCUGCUAGGUAUUCCUUGAAGAGGCGUUUAAGAGUAAGAACAUUGCAGUUCACUACAGCUCGAAGCAUAAAUGACCUUUAUGACAGUGUUGAUCCGGAAGUAGUCUUAUCUAUCCUUGUUCACAAGGUUAUUUUAGCUUCCUUGGAGCAAGGAGUGAGGGAAGGAAGAUUGCUGAUCCAUGAUUGGCUAGUCAUUCUUUUAUCUCAAUAUCAUGAUGUAUACAAGCUAGUCCAGUAUGAAAAUGGGCGCUCAACUUCCAAUAUUGAUGUUGCCUUCACCCAGUGUCCCCAGCUGCAGUCACUGCCUCGGCUUGUAUUUGCUUUGCUUAGGAGUCCUCUCCUCCGUUUCCACGAAGAGGGUGUACAUCCAGAUUAUCGGAUAUAUUUACAAUGCCUUUUUAGUUCGCUGGGGCCAUCAUCGCUUCAAUGUGCCAUUUAUCCAGUUUUGACUUCAUAUGCAACACCAGACAAACAAGCUUAUCCACGCCAUUCAUUGAGUCGUUCUGCUCUUGUCAAAAGCGGAAGUCCGAUAUUUUUUCUUGAUGCCUUCACAAAUCUUAUCGUAUAUUAUUCGUCAACAGCUGAUUCUUCACUUCCCUUUCCUCCACCACAUGAUUGUCUUCUGCGUACCACGAUCAAUAGAUUAAAGCAAGAGAGAAGUAUAACACCAAAGUUGAUGUUUAUCCGGGGUGGGCACGAUGAUGCCACGGCCUUUGAGAACUACCUUAUGGAAGACAAGGAUGUCGACGGAACUGGAAUUCCCAGCGUCACAGGAUUUGUCACCUUCCUCGAAGAGAUUGCAAGUGAUGUAUCAGAAAACAUCAAGUAACAAUGGAGUUCAUCCACCGACAUGCUAGCUGGAGUUACGGUCAGAACCUGGAUCGAAAUAAGCAUCUUGAUUUUCUGUUAAGAAUUGGUAGGCUCAUGAAUUUUUUUGGCGGUAGUCGUGACUUCAUGAGAAGCUCAAUGGAGUCGUCCAUCGAAUCAUUUGCCAUUUCCGAAUGAUGGCAUUUCUUCUUGGAACCAAUUUUCUGAUUGACUACAAACACUCGUUAAGAAGAAUAUUUGUUGUGAUUGUAUGAGACAGCACCAUGGAUGUUAAAAUCGAGGCGAUGCCUACCCUCGGGGCGGGUCAUAAAAUGCGACAUUUAGCAGAGUACAUCGAGCAUGAUAUCCAUUCUUGAUUA